AUGAAAGAUCUCUCUUUCUUCUUCCUCAAGAAAUACUCACUCGCCUCGAGAAUGCGAGGACGGGGUUCACGUGCCGGGUUUGGGAGCUCUUGUGGCGGCGAUGGCUCGACUUCCACACUAAACCAACAUCAAAAGAUUGAUAUGGAACCUGAAAACAUUCCUUUCGGCGGAGGGUCACCGAAAACGCUAGAGGAGAUGAUAGUUCAACUAGAGGUUGAAGAAGAUAUUGUUCGAAGAGCUAGACUACGUGAAUCUUACUACGGUGCUUAUAAUAACUGCGAUGAUGAUGAUGUUGAUGAUGAUACGUUAUAUCAUCAGCCCGUUCGAAUGUCAUGCGUCAAUAGCUCCGACAUCUUGAGGUCGGCGAGAAACGCUUUGAAUCAGUACCCACGUUUCUCGCUGGACGGUAAGGAUGCUAUGUACCGGUCCUCGUUCCAAUGCCAGCUUGGUGCCGGUGCUGACGUGGUGAGACAUGGAGGACGGAGAUCAAACUGCGGGGACGAACGGAGACCGAGGAGGUCGAGCCAGAUGAGCUUGGAGACAAAACGCCUGCCUAAGACUGUGGCCGGAGAGAGUGUGGUGUGGUGCAAGACAGGGGUGGUUGCGAAGCUGAUGGGCCUGGAGAUAAUACCGGUUACGGUCAAGGGCAAAAUGGGAAAAGAUAAGUUAGGUACUCUGCUCAAGAGAGAGCGUCUAAGGAGAAGAGAUCGGACGCUGGACAUUAACGCCCGGAAUGGUCAGAUAAACGAAGCUUCUUGCUCCUCUGGAGGGUUUAACGCUAUGAGACCGAUCAAAGCGGUUGGGUCACCUAGUCGCGUAGGCGGAUGGCCCACACUCCGUUUCCCAUAG